GAGCCAGGCUCACCGUCUGUCGGGCCCUCGUCCGUCUUCUCCGUUCUUCCUCGGAAGCACCGUCUCAGGCACUGGAUCUGGUUCUGAGUUCUUGUCUGUGAACGGAUUCCGCCCGCCGAUGCUGCCUGUGCCGUCCAAGCUGCAGACCUCGGGCUCUGGGGAUAACCUGAACGGUAAUAACGCGCAUAUAGUCACCUCGGAUGGUGCUGGCGACGGCAACACCUCUGAAGCGCACUCUACGAACGGCGACAGAUACAACGACCUCCGUUCACUGGGCUCGAACAAUCCCGAGCGCGCCCAUGCUCGCCCGCGCGUCUCCUCUCAUCCGUCUCUCGAGAAGAUCAAUGAGGAUGAAGACGAGGACGACCGAGGUCACCCAGGCGGUGCCCAUGGCCAACGGGCCUCCGGGUCCUUCCCGGAUGAUGCCCACGCGGGCUCGGACGACGCUCCUUCCGAGGCGUCUCAGCCUGGCUUGCGUAGGUCGGUCAAACGCAUCCAUCAGCAAGACUUCGAGGAGGAAGAGUUCGCGUACGGGACUCAGUCGAAGCGGUACAAGCUGGACGGGCAAGGCCUCGCGGACGACCUCGCAGCGCGCUACUCCCGCGGACCGACCCCCGACGUCCGCGGGUACAUCGCUCCCGAAGACUACGAGCGCGGCGUCCCUGACCCUCGCGCGCAUUCGCAGCAGCCCGACAGGCCUUACUCCCGCAUGUCCGAGGCACACGUUCAUCCACAGGCUCAGCCCGCACCCUUGGACCCUACGGGACGCGGGGAGGCGUUGUACAAGCUCAUGGGACAGGACCUCGGCGAGUUCGUGGAGGGCCAUGUGGACGCGUACGAGGAGGCGAAGAAGAGGUGGUCGGAGUGUUCGAUGGAGGAGUGGACGGCUGGCGCAGACGAGUUGACAACGAAAUUCUCCAAGAUGUUGGAUUUUGUCAAGGACCACAUGACUGCGAAGCUGUCCCUGUACGCCUCGCUUCAUUCCGCCGUCGCCUCUCACAAAUCCACUCUCGGCGAGCGAGAGAAGGCUCUGGUGGAAGCACGGGAGAGCCUGGUGCGAGAGGGAGGUGCGGUCGUUGGAGGUGGCGCAGUCGCAUCUGCUAUGCAGGCGGAGAAACCGAACGGGGAGGACUAGUAGGCUGGACAACACCAGCAGCCGCAGACACUUCCUGCGCACGAUCGGUAAGGCGCGUUGACGAGUAUUGGGACGAUACGGUAAGAUAGGGUAUGUUCGGUCGAAGAUACAAAGAUACAUGCUGUACACUGGCAAGUU